AAGGCACUGCUCGUAGAAAGAAAAAGGUGGUUCACAGAACAGCUACAGCAGAUGAUAAAAACUUCAGUUCUCCUUAAAGAAGUUAGGGGUAAACAAUAUCCCUGGUAUUGAAGGGGUAAAUAUGUUCACAAACCAAGGAACAGUGAUCCACUUUAACAACCCUAAAGUUCAGGCAUUUCUGGCAGUAAACACUUUUACCAUUGCGGGCCAUGCUAAGAUAAAGCAGCUGACAGAAAUGCUACCUAGCAUCUUAAGUCAGCUUGGUGCAGACAGUCUGAUUAGUUUAAGAAGACUUGCUGAAGCUCUUCCCAAACAAUCUGUGGAUGGAAAAGCACCACUUGUUACAGGAGAGGAUGAUGAUGAUGAAGUUCCAGAUCUUGUGGAGGAUUUUGAUGAGGCUUCCAAGAAUGAAGAAAACUGAAUUGAGUCAACUUCUGAAGAAGAUGAACUUGAAGAAGUUACUGGGAGCUGCUAUUUUAUAUAAUGACUGCUUUUUCAAAUUUUGUUUAUCGAUCUGAUAAAAUCUAGAUCUCU